UAUUCACACUACAAUCACUUGUUUCUUUUUCUUUUUGCUUCUCCUCUCUCUUUCUUCUUCCCCAAGAACCCUUUAGAUGAUUUUAUUCGAAGAAAUAUAAAAGUCUGCCCAUCUGAUCCACUGAAGGAAUCCACUUUCUCAUACCCAAAUGAAUCUGAGUGAGAAGAGAAGAGUUGAUGAAGAUUGGAUUACGGCACUAUUGUGCUUAGAGUUCUUUGGGAUAUGUAUGAAUCAUAAGUAUCUUCGAAAGAACGAGAAGAAUGUCUUUUGCAUUGACUGUAAUGCCCAAAUAUGCAGACAUUGUUGUGACACAGAAGCACACUUCCUCCAUCGUCGUCUUCAGAUUUGCAAAUACGUUUAUCAAGAUGUUUUGCGUCUCCUCGAUAUUCAACACUACUUUGAUUGCUCCGAGAUACAGACAUAUAAAAUAAAUGGAGAACAAGCUAUACAUUUGAAUUCGCGGCCGCAAGCAAAAGAUGCAAGACCUUCAACAAAAUCCAAGAAUGCAGGUUCAUGUGUGACGUGUAAAAGAUAUAUUCAAGAUCGUCCUAAUCGAUUUUGCUCUAUCUCUUGCAAGAUUUCAGCUUCUCCAGAAAAGCACAAAUUUUGUUUCUCUCCGGAAAUAAACCAAAGUGCUUUGAAGAAAGAACAUUAUAAUCAAGAACAAAACUUAGAAGAGAAAAAAUCAUGCACAUCAUCACUCACAGAUGUUUCAGAAGACUCGGAUGUUUUAUUGGGUAAUUUUUCAUUGAGACCACUCGUUAGGAUACUCAAGAGAAAAGGAGUUUCUAGAAGAUCUCCUCUUAACUGAUUUUUUCCGUGGAUUUUGUUAUCAAAACCGUACAUUAUUUAUAUUUUCUAUUU